AUGCGCUCUCUCACGGGCUCUCACGCAUUCCGUCGCACUCCCUCUCGCGCACUCUCUCGCAUUCUCUCUCACGGGCUCUCUCAUGCACACUCUUUCGCACACUCUCACGCCCUCUCUCACGCGCUCUUUGAUGCAAUCUCUCACGCGCUCCCUCACGCGCUCUCUCACGCACUCUCACGCACUCUCUCACGACUCUCUCACGCGCUCUCUCACGCGCUCUCUCACGCGCUCUCUCACGGGCUCUCACGCACUCACUCACGUGCUCUCUCUCUCGCACUCUCUUGCGCAUUCCUUCUGUCACGCGCUCUUUCUCGCGCACUCCCACGUGCUCUCUCACGCACUGUCACACGCUCUCUCACGCGCUCUCUCACGCGCUCUCUCACGCGCUCUCUCACGGGCUCUCACGCACUCCCUCACGUGCUCUCUCUCUCGCACUCUCUUGCGCAUUCCUUCUGUCACGCGCUCUUUCUCGCGCACUCCCACGUGCUCUCUCACGCGCUGUCACGCGCUCUCUCACGCGCUCUCACGCGCAUUCUCACGUGCUCUCUCACGAGCACUCUCACAGACACUCUCUCUCUCACGCGCUCUCUCACGCGCUCUCUCACGCGCACUCUCACGCGCACUCUCACGCGCACUCUCACGCGCACUCUCACGCGCUCUCUCACGCGCUCUCUCACGCGCUCCCUCACGCGCUCCCUCACGCGCUCUCUCGCUCGCACUCUCACUCGCCCUCUCACACGCUCUCUCACGCGCACUCUCACAUGCUCUCUCGCUCGCACUCUCACUCGCCCUCUCUCACGCGCUCUCUCACGCGCACUCUCACGCGCUCGCGCUCCGCUUUUUCACUCGCACUCUCACACGCACUCUCACGCGCACUCCCACACACACUCUCACGCGCUCUCUCACGCGCUCCCUCACGCGCUCUCUCACACGCUUUCUCACACGCUCUCUCGCUCGCACUCUCACUCGCCCUCUCACGCGCACUCUCACGCGCACUCUCACGCGCACUCUCACGCGCUCUCUCACAUGCUCUCUCACGCAAUCUGUCAUGCGCUCUCUCACGGGCUCUCACGCAUUCCGUCACACUCCCUCUCGUGCACUCUCUCGCGCAUUCUCUCUCUCAUGCGCUCUCUCAUGCACACUCUCUUGCACACUCUCACGCGCUCUCUCACGCGCUCUUUGAUGCAAUCUCUCACGCGCUCCCUCACGCGCUCUCUCACGCGCUCUCUCACGCGCUCUCUCACGCGCUCUCUCACGGGCUCUCACGCACUCCCUCACGUGCUCUCUCUCGCGCACUCUCUUGCGCAUUCCCUCUGUCACGCGCUCUUUCUCGCGCACUCCCACGCGCUCUCUCACGCGCUCUCACGCUCUCUCUCACGCGCUCUCUGA